UGUGAAAUAAAAAGCAAAAAAAGUGACGCAAGCUGUCAGUCGAAGGAAGACAAGCAAGACGCAGCCACAGCCAUGCCCGAGCCCACAGAAGAGGUGAAGCCAGAGGAAGCUCCAGAGGAGGAUGAAUGCACUGAGCUGACAGGACUUUUUGUGGAGAAGCCAGAAAGUGUGGUAGCCAUUUCAGGUAAAGAUGUAACAUUUGUGGUUAAGGUGGACUCCACCAACCUCACACGUAAACCCACCAUGAAGUGGUUGAAGGGGAAGUGGAUGGACCUCGGCAGCAAAGCGGGAAAACACAUCCAGUUAAAAGAGACCUAUGACAGAAACACGAAGAUCUACACGUACGAGAUGAAGAUCGUCAAGGUGGUCCCUGGAGACGCAGGUGGAUACAGGUGUGAAGUGUCUGCUAAAGACAAAUGUGACAGCUGCACCUUUGAGAUCACUGUGGAGGCUGCUGAACAAGAGGAGCAAGCAGAUAUUUUGUCUUCCUUCAAAAGAGCAGAUGCUGGGGAGGACGAGGGUGAACUGGACUUCAGUGCUCUUCUCAAAGCCGCUAAAAAGAAAAAGAAGCCUCAGCCUGAGCUGGAGAUCGACGUUUGGGAGCUUCUGAAGAGCGCUCAUCCCAGCGAGUACGAGAAGAUCGCGUUUCAGUACGGCAUCACUGACCUGCGUGGCAUGUUGAAGCGACUCAAGAAGAUGAAGGUCGUGGAGCCCAAAGUCAGCGAGGCGUUCCUGAGACGACUGGAGUCGGCGUACUCCGUUAACAAGGGAAAGAAGAUCGUCCUGUCUGUGGAGGUGGCCGACCCUAAUGCUGAGGUCAAAUGGCUCAAGAACGGCCAAGAGAUCAAAACCUCUGCCAAAUACAUUAUGGAGUCUGAUGGAAAUAUUCGAACCCUCACGAUUAACAAAUGCAGUCUGGCAGAUGAUGCGGCGUAUGAGUGUGUGAUCGGGACUGAUAAAUGCUUCACGGAAGUCUUUGUUAAAGAACCUCCGGUCACCAUCACUAAACUGCUGGAUGAUUACCAGGUCGUGGUUGGAGAAAGAGUGGAGUUUGAGAUCGAAGUGUCUGAGGAGGGAGCACAUGUCAUUUGGAUGUUUGAGGAUCAGGAGUUGUCUCGAGAUGACAAAAGUUCAAAGUAUCGUUUUAAAAAGGAUGGGAAACGCCACUGUCUUAUUAUUCAAGAGGCGACCGUAGAGGACAGUGGGAUGUACUUUGUUUACACCAACGGAGGCCAUUCGAAGGGAGAGCUCAUCGUUGAAGAGAAGGAACUGGAGGUGCUGCAGAGUAUCGCAGAUCUUACGGUCAAAUCGGCAGAGCAGGCUAUGUUCAAGUGUGAGGUGUCUGAUGAAAAAGUCACAGGGAAAUGGUUUAAGGAUGGCGUGGAAGUUCAGGCCAGUAACCGUAUCAAGAUUUCCCAUAUCGGCAGGAUUCAUCGUUUAACCAUUGAUGACGUCAAGCCAGAGGAUGCUGGAGAUUACACGUUUGUCCCAGACGGUUAUGCGCUCUCACUGUCCGCUAAACUCAACUUUCUGGAAAUCAAGAUCGACUAUGUUCCCAGACAAGAUCCUCCUAAGAUCCAUUUGGAUGUGGCCGGUAACAUGGUUUCUCAGAACACCAUCAUUGUUGUUGCUGGUAACAAGCUGCGUCUGGAUGUGGAGAUCACAGGAGAACCCGCUCCCACCAUCUGCUGGAUGAAGGGAGACAAGCAAGUGACAGACGCAGAGGGACGUGUGCGUGUGGAAAACAGGAAAGACCUCAGCUGUUUCGUCAUUGAAGGAGCAGAGCGAGAAGAUGAGGGCAACUACACUAUCACUGUCACCAACCCUGCAGGAGAGGACAAGGCCAACCUAUUCAUCAAAAUCGUAGACGUUCCUGAUUCUCCCGAGAACGUGAAGUGUACCGGAGUAGGAGAAGACUGUGCCACUAUUAUCUGGGAACCUCCGAAGUUUGAUGGAGGAGCACCUUUAAAGGGCUAUCUGAUGGAGAGGAAGAAGAAAGGAUCAUCUAGAUGGACGAAACUUAACUUUGACGUCUGUGAGAGCACAACAUACGAGGCCAAGCGCAUGAUUGAAGGCAUUCUGUAUGAGAUGAGAGUUUUCGCAGUCAAUGGGAUCGGAAUCUCGGCUCCCAGCCUCAACUCUAAACCAUUCAUGCCAAUCGCACCCACCAGCGAGCCCACAAGGCUGACCGUUGAUGAUGUAAUGGACACUACGUGCUCACUGAAGUGGCUGGCUCCUGAGAAGAUCGGAGCUGGAGGGCUGGAUGGAUACAUCAUUGAAUUCUGCAAGGAAGGAGAAACGGAGUGGCAUCCUGCUAACACGGAUCUGGUUGAUCGGCAGAGUUACACAGUGAGGAACCUUCCCACAGGAGAGAAGAUGAAUUUCCGUGUGUUUGCGGUGAAUGUGGCGGGCCGCAGCCCACCUGCACUGCUCGGGCAACCCGUCACCGUCAGAGAGAUUAUGGAGCAUCCUAAGAUCCGUCUGCCUCGUGAACUCAGAACCAAGUUCAUCAAGAGAGUCGGAGAGAAAAUCAACCUCGUCAUCCCCUUCCAGGGCAAGCCUCGUCCUGUUGCUGUAUGGCUGAAGGACGGCCAGCCGGUGGAUGAAAAGAAAGUGGGCGUCAGGAACUCAAACGUCGACUCCAUCCUUUUCAUUCGUUCUGCUGAAAGAGAGCACUCUGGAAAAUACACACUUACCUUAAAAAUUGAAAACAUGGAGGACUCGGCUAACAUAGACAUCCGAAUUGUAGAUAAACCCGGCCCUCCGACUCAAGUGCAUGUGACUGACGUCUGGGGUUUCAACGCAGCGCUGGAGUGGAAUCCACCCAAAGAUGACGGCAACUGUGAGAUCACCGGGUACACGAUCCAGAAAGCAGACAAGAAAACCAAGGAGUGGUUUACGGUGUAUGAGCACAAUCGCCGCACUAACUGCACCACCUCUGACCUGAUCAUCGGAAACGAGUACAUGUUCCGCAUCUACAGCGAGAACCUCUGCGGUCUCAGUGAAGAUGCCUGCAUGAGCAAGAACACCGCCGUCGUUCCCAAGACCGGUUUGGAACAUAAACGAGCUCCCUACAAGGAGAAGGACAUGAGCUGUGCUCCGAAGUUCACCGCACCCCUCGUCGAUCGAUCUGUGACUAUCGGCUACAGCACCGCCAUCAGCUGCUCAGUCAGAGGCUUGCCAAAGCCGAAGAUCAUCUGGAUGAAGAACAAGAUGAUAUUAGGUGACAAUCCAAAGUUCCUGAUGCAGAAUAACCAGGGAGUUUUGACUCUAAACAUCCGCAAACCCAGCACCUUCGACAGCGGGAAGUACUCUUGCAAGGCUGUGAAUGAGCUCGGAGAAGAUGAGGUGGAGUGCAAACUGGAAAUCAGAGCCGCACCGAUAGAGAAGAAGGACUAGGACAGAUGACAGCAGCGUUAACAGCAGAGAUGAAACGGAUGGGAAAUGACAUCGACUGAGUAUGAUCCACCAUAAACUUAUGUUUUAAAGUCAUUUGUGUUAGCCAGGCUCUCCGUGUGAAUGAAAUAACCGACGCCGGCGCACACGGUCUUAAACUCUCGCUCUGGUUUUGUAGCUUUUGAAGGCUUUGAAUAAACGCUCGGUUGACUGCAUUAAGCCCCAGUGAGAAGUAUUUUUAUCAAAACUAUAGCAACCGGUGACGUUGUGCUAUGGACAAUUAUGCAUGUUCAAAAACAAUGGCUUUAAUAGGGACUGAACACAGAUCCUUCCUUUCAACAUGUAGUCGACAUAUUUCCUCUUCAUAAAUGAUUUAAGGUUCAAACAGGUGAUUGAUCGCUGAUAUAAGUACAAUACAUUAUAACAAUUAAUAUAAACUGGUUACAUACCUUAAUGCUGUCUGAAAUGAACGAAUUGCCUAAUGCUUUCAUUUUGCUCGAAUAUUUGCAGCCCAAACUGCAUUGUAUGUGUAACUUGUAUCUGCAUUUGUUGUGUUGCAGAGCGGAAAAUAAACUACUUUUAUGACAA